AAUAAACAACUGUCAUGUACUACAAAGAAGACACGUUUUGCACAAUCAUUGUACUCAGUUGCUCAAUCCAUAUUUUCUAUAUAAAAUAACAGCUAAAUGCUGGAAAAAAAAUUAGUUUUGGUGAAGCUCAUCUAGUAUACCAGAAUUCUCAGAGUUGGUCAGACACAUUGCAAGAUGUUUCAAUUUCUGAUGCUCAGUGUUCUUCUUCUGGGAACAUGCCUGGCCAGUCCACAACUUGCUGGAAUAAAAGAAAUAAAUGAUGAGCUGAGCCGUCUGAGAGAAGACAUGAAUAAUCUGAAUAAAAAAAUAACUAAAUUUGGGGAGUCUUUUUACACAGUACACAAAGCUCGGUCUUUUGCAACAGGCAGUGAAAAAUUAUAUACCACCAAUGAUCAAGAAGGGAACUUUGAGGAAGCAAAUACCACUUGUAUCCAAGCUGGGGGUCAUAUUCCAUCUCCAAAGAAAGAAGGGGAGAAGAAAGCCCUGCAAAAAGUCUUAGAGCGGCGCAACCAGUCUACCUUCAUUGAAAACCAAGAUUCAGCAAAUUCUGCAAACUGGGCACCUGGAGAGCCAAAAAAUGCUGAUGGAACAAAGAACUGUGUAAAAACUAACAAAGAUGGCAAGUUGCAUGCUGCAUGCUGUGAAGAGAAGCUUUUGAUUGUUUGUGAAUUUUCCUUUGUCCCCUAACUUUGGUAGGGACCAAAACCAAUGUUGUUCAGUGGUGUUGGUUUCAAACCUCUGUUUAUUAUUUCUGGGAAAAGAACAGGUCACUUUUAGCCUGUCUAUCUUGUUAGAAUGAUAAAAUUUCACUGAUAAAAUUGAAUAAUAUCUACAUAUGCUUUCUUGAGAUUUUUGGUGAAAAAAUGGCAUAUACAUUUUAUUAAUAAAUGCAUUGCGUUCAA